GAAACAGAUGGACUACAAUCAGUAAUUGUAGAACUACAAAGUGCUUCUAUAUGAGAUGAGGCCAUCGUUACGCGUUAUUGCUCUGGUGGCCCUGGCACUGUGCGGGGCCCGGGCGUUCGUGCCAAUAGGAGGUGGUGGCAACACGCAUGUGACCAUCACCGGCAAUGCUGUGAUGAAGAAGAUCUAUGAAGUGUGUGAGGCGGUGGCUGAAUCAGAAGGUAGACGGUUCAAGCCAACCGGUUCCUCUGCAGAGGAGCUUCUGCGAGCAUGUUUAGGUACAGCCAUUGGCGAGGUGUCCGGUGCCAAGUUCCAUGAAGCUCUGAAUCAGAUUUACACCUACAAUGGCUUGGUGGAUCGUGACCUCAUGACCAGUAACGCGCAUCACAUGAAUAAUGAGGCGUUUGCUGAAGGAAAGCUUCUGAUUCGCGAUGGUGUUGCUGCAGUCAAAGUUAACAUCCGCAGCAACAACUUACAGGCUGCUCGAGAAUCACUGGGACGGGUUUUACACACUCUUCAGGAUUUUUACAGCCACAGUAACUGGGUGGAGCUGGGUUACAGGAUUACAUAUGCCAACCUCAUCAGACCAGACCUCGCUAUCGACAAUGUUGCUGAGGUGAGCACUCCGACCUGCAGUGACUGUGCCGACGGAACCUGUGCGAACCCUGUGCUACCCGAGAUUUUAAAGGAGAAAAAACUGACCUCAGGGUACAUGGGUCUGUUCUCUUCAGACAAACCUAAAGGUAAAUGCAGCCAUGGUGGCAAUGCUGAUCUGAGCAGUGGCCAAGAUCCUCGAGGUGGUAUCAGUAAAGAUGAGCGUCGCCCCCAUAACGCCGACCUGCACGACAUUGCAGUCAAUUUGGCAACAGAGGCCACUCUUGAGCUUCUGGAGGACAUCCGCGGAGCCACCAGCAAUAAUGACUACCUCCGGAUGAUGGGUAUUGCUCGUUCUGCCGUGUUAAGCUUUGUGAUUGAUACUACAGGCAGCAUGUCUGAUGAUAUUGCCGAAGCGAAGAGAGUCGCAUUUGAUAUCAUAGACAGAAGGAAAGGAACGCUGGACGAACCUUCAGAAUACAUCCUGGUACAGUUCAAUGAUCCAUCGUUUGGACCACUUAUCAGGACAACAAACCCAGAUGUGAUGAAAUUAGAGAUUUCCAAACUCGGUGCAACGGGUGGUGGGGAUGAACCUGAGAUGUGUCUGUCAGGAUUGCAGCUGGCUCUGACCGGAGCUUCUGCCUCCUCUAACAUUUUCGUUUUCACUGACGCCUCGCCUAAAGACAUGCACUUGAGAAGUACCAUCCUCGCCCUCAUGAGGAGCACCAAUUCUGAAGUGUUUUUCUUCUUGACGGUAAAGAGCAGAGCAGCAAGAUCUCUGCACACUCGCGCCAAGUUCGAUCUGUAUUACGACUUGGCUUUAGCCUCCGGAGGACUGGCUAUAGAGGUCUCCAAAGCCAACUUGCCCAGUGCCACUGACAUCAUUUUAGACACCUCCACGUCUGCUUUGGUGACAAUCCUUCAGCGAGCCAGGAACUCCGGUCUCGUGGAGACUUUCACCUUCUUGAUAGAUGAAUCACUGACUAACGUUACGGCCUAUUUUACAGGAAGUAACCUGAAGUUCACUCUUCGCAGCCCAUCAGGUAAAAGCCAACCUCACAGCGUCAGUGACGGACCUCUAGCUACGAUUCAUACGGUGGGGAACCUGCAGCGAGUUCAGUUCAAGUCUCCCAUAGAAACAGGAACGUGGAGCAUUAACAUGGAGUCAACAGAUUCCUACACCAUUAAAGUCACAGGUCAAAGUCCGAUCACGUUCAUUUACGACUUUGUGGAGGUAUUCGGAGGACCCCACCCUGGAUUCGCGGCUAUUGACGGUCGCCCACAGACAGGUUCACCUGCUAAGCUUUUGCUGACAUUAACAGGACAGAAAGGAGGUGCAGCUCUAAAGCUUCAGGAAGUCUCUCUGGUAGAGGUUUCACAAGCAGUCACGUGGCCCGGAACCAUCGAGGGAAUAGGCGACGGGAAGUUUCUGGUCACCGUUAGUGAUGUUUCAGCAGGAGAACUCGUGGUCAUGAUAAAAGGAGAAGACGUGGCUACUGCCAGUCAGUUUCAGAGACAGAGCACUACUCAGAUGUCUCUGUCCAAAGUCACAGUCAAGUCUGUAGUUGACAGCACCAUGUUGCCAGGAAAAGACUUUGAUGUUUCCUUCACCGUAAACACCACUGGAGCCGAAAGCGUCUUUACUAUCAGUGCCAGAAACGACAGAGACAUAGUAAUGAUAUUUAAUGACAGGCUCACAGUGACUGGAGGUAUAGGUGAAGGCAAAGUGACUCUUAAACCACCAGCAGACAUGGCAUCAGGCACGGACGUCACGCUCACUAUUCUGGCUGAGGCAGGAGAUGGUGAAUCUAACUACGCCGUGCUCCGACUUUCUGCUCUCGCCGCGGUGACUGAUUUCACUCCUCCCAAGUGUACAAUCAUGAGUGUGAGUAAAAUCUGCCCGUCCGACUGCACCCUUUCAGACUGGGACCUGUCUGUCAACAUAACGGACGGCGACGGCUCGGGCAUCCGAGAUAUCUCAGUACAGAAAGGCAGUGGAGAUUUUAGCCACACUACAGUGGACGAGGGUGGAAUACCCGUGGUUGUGGGUUUCUACAACUCCUCGUGCUGCACACGUGAUUUAAUCCUGAGUGCUGUGGAUAAAGAAGGAAACGUGGGGAGAUGUGUUUACACCAUGGAAAGAAACGUGACUGAUUUUACUCCUCCCAAGUGUACAAUUGUAAAGGAGAGUGAAAUCUGCCCGUCUGACUGCACCCUUUCAAACUGGGACCUGUCUGUCAAAAUAACGGACGGCGACGGCUCAGGCAUUGAAGACGUCUCAGUACAGAAAGGCAGUGGAGAUUUUAGCCAGAUUACAGUGGACGAGGGUGGAAUACCCGUGGUUAUGGGGUUCUACAACUCCUCGUGCUGCAGACGUGAAUUAAACCUGACUCUUGUGGAUAAAGAAGGAAACGUGGGGGAAUGCGUUUACACGAUGAAGAAAAAUGGAGGGGUUUUCCUCACCCCGUCUCUGCUGCUCUGGCUCUGUCUGUUGGUUUCGGCCCAGAGCGUCUUGCGUGGUGUCGUCUCAUUUUAAUGUGACUAGAAGAUUCAUAUUGAUCGUUCAUCUGCUCCAAUAGUGACAACUGACAUUAUAACUGUAUUAAGUUUAAUCUCAAACCAUCUAAAUUUACUUCAGUGUAGAUCAUAUACAGAAGUGAAGCUAUAAAUCUGUUAAUAUUCUGUAUAACGUUCCACCAAGCAAAUCUUUGUGUGAUCCCUCUGUGCUCGUAGUCACAUCAUGUAACUGUAAAACAGGUUUACUCUGUAAUUCUUGAAGCCAACUGUUCAUGCCCAAACCAGGCAGUGGCGUCUCUGGCACAAUAAACUCUGUAUAGUCGUGU